UUGGAUUUUUAACCACACAACCACAAAAACUUAUCAUGAUCAUAUAAUCAUAUCAAUAGCUGCACCUCUUGAAUUCCAUGUAAACGAUGAAUGCAAUCAAACCACACGCCCUACGCUGCUGCCAAUCAACUCCACCCUUCAAAUCUGGCAUUUUCACCGAAAUUAAUGGGAUUAACAUCUCCGGCGGCAGGGGGCGGAGGCUUGCGGUGAAAGCCAGCGGCGACGGCGCAGAGAAGAAAACCGAAAGGCGGAGUUUCCUGACGCUGGAAGAGGCUGGUUUGGUCGAGAUCUCGGGCCUCAGCACGCACGAGCGCUUUCUAUGCCGAUUAACGAUAUCAUCGUUGAAUCUGCUUCGAGUGAUUUCGGAGCAGGAAGGGUGCGAAAUGGAGGAGCUGAAUGCGGGGAAGGUAUGCGAUUGGUUCAUCAAAGAUAAGCUCAAAAGAGAGCAAAAUUUGGAUGCAGUUCUGCAAUGGGAUGAUUCUGAAUUCAUGUUAUGAUUUUUCACUCUUAAUUUUGUUGUAUACUUACAUUUCAUCUUCUCCUUAUACUUCUUUAUCCACAUACAUCUCCUUAAUUUGUUACUCCA